UGAGAACUGAAUGGGAAAGCCACGCUUCUAAAGGCGCCUGCGAUGGAUGGGUCUGCUUCAGUCUACUGAGGAGGCUGUGGACUAUGUCUUUGGCUGAUACCACAAAAGCACACACAGAUGAGCACUUCCCCAGCCUGGCACCAGGAAGCACCCGGAGGUCUGCAGAAGGCAAGAGCAGCCCGGAUGCUGGCAACCUGUCACGGAACAGCCGGGCUUCCAACGGGAGCGUGGAUUUCAGCAAGUCCCAGUGCUCGCUCCGAAGCCUGGCUUCUCUCUAUGACUAUUCGGAAGACUUUCUUUCGGACUGCUCUGAAGCAGCUGCCAGCAGACAUCAGUCAGAGCAGCCUCUGGGGCAAGAAAAGGAGAAGAGAAAGAAUAAUACUUCUAAAAACCCCCAGCCUAAAGGCCGGAAGGACAUCCCCGCUGGGGAGAAGCAUAGCUGGACUGCUUCACUUCUCAGUUCUCAGAUCCAAACGAUUGCCAAAAGACGAGACACCAUGACACAUCGAAUCCUGUCAGCCAGGCUUCAUCGGAUCAAAGAGCUGAGGAACGAGCUCGCUGACGUGCAGCGGAAGCUGGAGGCCACCGUCAUAGAAAACCAGUUUCUGAAGCAACUUCAGGUUAGGCACUCGAAAGCCAUAGGUAGAUAUGUGAACUCACAAAACAAUCUGCCCCAGAUCACAGCCAAGCACCAGAGUGAGGUGAAGAGCCUCAGACAGCUCCUUCGGAAAUCCCAAGAAAAGGAGCGAAUCGUGUCUAGGAAACUCCGAGAAACUGACAGUAAAUUGCUGAAGACCAAAGACACCUUGCAAGCCCUGCAGAAACUUUCAGAAGACAAAAGCCUUGCCGAGAGAGAAGAGCUGACUCACAGGCUGACUGUUCUUACAGCCAAAAUGGAGGCAAAUGACAAAAAAAUACAGAACUUGGAAAAACAGAUGAGGCUGAACAACCGAUCCUUUGGUAGGCAGCUGGCCAAAGAAAAUCGCAAGACGUUGGCAGCUCAAACAGCGACAAAGACUCUGCAGGGGGAAGUGACACAGCUGCAACAGAAGCUUAAGGAGAAGGAUCAUGAGCUGGAAAUUAAAAACAUCUACACUAAUCGAAUACUUAAAAAUUUACAUGAAAAGGAAGAUUACCCGAAAGUUUCUUCAACAAAGUCAGUACAAGCAGACAGGAAAAGUUUGCCAUUUGUAAAUAUGAGACACCAGGAAACCCAAAAGUCAGACGUCCCUCCUUGGACAAUGAAGGGUAAAAAGACAACAGGAAGCAUUGGUCAUAAAGAAAAAUCAACUGAAAUAAACCAUGAAAUUUCCUACUAUACAUGUAAACUACCAAAGCAAGAGGAGUCUAAGAGGAAAUAUGAAGCAAAUGCCGCUGCCUUAACAAGCACAUCACCUCCUGGAGCGUCGUGGGGCCAGGCGGCCACUGAGCAGAUCUGUGCCGUUCACCUAGAAUGCCACUCUUCAACCCAGACAGAUUCACCAAAGGAGGUCGAACACCCAAAGCCACAAGCCUCUCUGGAAACCAUUAGGAGGCAAAAAGAGGAAAAGGAAGAAGAUCAAGAAAAGAAAGCUAUCCCACCAGAAGCAGAGCCCAUUGCGAGGGGGAGCGAGGAGCCCGCUGCGGCGGGGCCGGGGGCCCUGGCCAGGGCAGCAGCCAGCGAGGUGGCCGAGGUGGCCCGCGAUGCCGAGCCCGGGCCUGGGCUGAGCAAGACCCCGCGGCCGCGGAAGCACUAUUCCUUCACCGAGGCCACCGAGAACCUGCACCACGGGCUGCCCACAUCCUGCGGGCAGGCGUCCGGCAGCCCACGCUGUCGCCACGGCAUGGGCAAGCACCGCGGCGAGCAGGAGCUGUCGCUGGAGCCCGGCGGCUACGAGCCCUCCUUCGGCAAGGCCGCCAGGGCCACGGCGGCGGCGGCGACCUUCCGGGACAGGAAGAGCAGCCUCAUGGAGGAGCUGUUCGGCGCGGGCAGGGGCGGCGGCCCCGCGGAGGGCGAGGCGGCCAGCAGAGCCCCGCUGCUCGGGCCCGGGAAGGCCUUGGCCAGCAACGCCUUCGGGGACUCCAAGGCCACCACGGUGCGGUCCAUCCAGGCCUCGCCCACCGAAGGAAAGAGGAAAACAGUUAUUUAAAUACAGCAGUACCUAAGCAUUCUGGUUUAGGUACUAGUUACUUAUGAGCCUUUAAUCUUAUUUACCAUGAGGGCUCACAUAGUUUAUGUUUUAGUAGUUGGGUGGACUAUGGGUAAUUUCUGUAAUUUGCUUUAUUGCUAUCUAAUAAAAAAAAACCCACUGUACCUUGGUCAUAUGGUAACAUUUAAAUAUAAAUCUACAUCUGCAUUAU